UGUACUGUCCGCAGUCUCUGGUCAUCCCUGUGCUGUCCGCAGUCUCUGGUCAUCUCCUGUACUGUCCGCAGUCUCUGGUCAUCUCCUGUACUGUGUCCGCAGUCUCUGGUCAUCCCUGUGCUGUCCGCAGUCUCUGGUCAUCCCUGUGCUGUCCGCAGUCUCUGGUCAUCUCCUGUACUGUCCGCACAGUCUCUGGUCAUCUCCUGUACUGUGUCUAGGCAGUCUCUGGUCAUCUCCUGUACUGUGUCUGCAGUCUCUGGUCAGCAACUCCUGUACUGUGUGCAGUCUUGGUCUCCCUGUGUGCAUCCUGUACUGUCCGCAGUCUCUGGUCAU